AUGCUGGACUCUCAAGAGCUAACCCCCUUGCUGCAGUUGCUCAAUGAUGAGGACGAUAUCCUCGAGAACGUAGCACAGAAAUUCCACCGGACUUUCACGCGUAAUGAUCACUUCAAAGUGGGGUGCGCACUGUGCAUCCUGCUCUGCGACAAUUUGCUGACGCACACUCAGCGUGUGGUUUCGUUCUCUAUCUUGUGCGACCUCUACCGCAACGAUGCGAACGGAACGAACCCAUUCCUGCCGUUCUUCCUUGAAGCCAUCGAGAAAGGAACUGAUCCUGUCGAGAGGCAAUACCUUGUUCACCUGCUGUGCUCUCCACCGACAAACCGGAAUUCCGCUCGAAAAAAUGCCCUGCAAGUGAUUGCGGAGUACGAGGGCACCCCGGCCGAAGCGGUGGAGGUGCCGGAUCUGUCAGCGUUGCGGCAGCUAUACAGCGAGAAGAAUCCCGCCGUACCGAGCCUCAGAACGGCGGGCGUGCGACCUGUGCUGGCAGAUCCAUCCGAGAGCAGCAACGAAGUCGGGUCAUGGCUGCCGCCAAGACCCGAGGAGCAAGUGGGGAGGGCGCCAGGGGGGGCUGCGUUGCGAGGGGGGGUUGGAGGAAAAAGAGAAGCGCCUACUCCCAUUCAGCCACUAACGCUGGAUGACAUGCGUCUCAGUAAAGGAGGGAGAGGGGGCUCCCUAUCGCUGGCAAGCUUCGAGCCGGAGUUCAUGCGUCCGGUUCCCCCAAUGCUCCCGAUUGCCGAUUCCGAGGUGAUGUGGCUUAAUCCAGACUACGCUCCUCGCUUGCUCUGGGACACGAGUAUGGGGCAAGAUAGCUCCAAGGGGGCAGAGGUUCGAGACGUUAUGGCGAAAGCUUUUAAGGGACCACUGCUGCCUACCCAACAGCAGCAAGUGCUGAGUGAGUUGCAGGGGGAUGCGCGACUUGUGUACCACUGCGGGCUGACGCCUUUUAAGUUGCCCGACCUGGUGGAGAACAACCCGAUGAUCGCGAUCGAGUGCCUGUUAAAGCUCAUGUCCUCCAGCCAGAUCACGGAGUACCUGAGCGCCUUGGUGAACAUGGACAUGUCGCUGCACUCAAUGGAGGUGGUGAAUCGGCUGACGACCAGCGUUGAUCUGCCAACAGAAUUCAUACACCUCUAUAUCUCAAAUUGCAUCUCAAGCUGCGAAAACAUCAAGGACAAGUACAUGCAGAACCGAUUGGUUCGGCUGGUGUGCGUGUUUUUGCAGUCUCUCAUCAGGAAUAAGAUCAUCAAUGUCGAGGAUCUCUUCAUCGAGGUGCAGGCAUUCUGCAUCGAGUUUUCUCGAAUCAGAGAAGCGGCGGGACUCUUCCGCCUCCUUAAGACUCUAGAAUAGCCGUGGCGACGUAGUACGGUAGA